AUGAUACCAAGGAAAUCUAUAGAUCAAGUUGGCCCUCGACAAAUGCGAAAACGGCUAAUGCAAGCUUUUAAUAGAGAAAAUAAUAGAGAAUCUAUAAACUUAGUUGAAAAUAUUUCAACUCUCACACGUGAUGAUGGUGUACGAUAUGAUACUAUUCUUGAAAAUGAUGUUUAUGAUUAUUCUCAACAAAAUGAUCAAGAAGAUGAACUUGAACAUAAAUGUGUGUUUGAAGUGGAAGAUGAAUCUGAAUUAGAUCAACCCGAAGAGAGAGAAGUCAAUUUUGAUGAACAGGUUUACGAAAAUGCUCCAAUAACAGUAUCAAAUAGCAUGUUUCUCAUAUUAAUGAUUUUUUUACGUCAUAACGUUUCACUAGAGUGCAUAGCUGAUAUAAUUGCUGUUAUUAAUUUGCAUUGUAUGAAAAGUAGACUGGUUAAAAACAGUCUGUACAAAUUUAGAAAAUAUUUUUCUUUAGAUCAUUCUGAAUUUAUUAAACAUUACUAUUGCCAUUUCUGUGGACGAGUGCAACUGGAAUCUGACAGCAUUUGUCCAUCAUGCCCCCCAAAAAAAAUCCAUAUUUUAUUCAAUUACCAUUUCUUGAACACUUGA